AUGGCUGCACACACGUCUCGCCGUGGCGGGAAGACCGUGAUGGAACUCCCAUACAAGCUAGGAGAUUUACACUGGGCAGCUGACCACAAGAGUAAUGAGGAGGGUAUCUACUGUUAUUGCGGAAGGAACAAGGCUUCAGACGAGCCGAUGCUGCCCUGCCAAAGAUGUGGUCAACUUUUUCACUCUGGCUGUGUAUCUUGCUUGACACGGCCGUUGUUAAAGGGGGAUGAGUUCUUCAAGUUUGAAUGUUCUGUAUGUACGCAAGGCCCAGAGUUCUUCGAAAGGGCCGCCCUUAGCUGGGUGAUUUUGGUUCAUUUGGUUCUGUACAACUUGAUGGAUACGCAUCCUGAGCAACAAUACUUUCGUUGGAAGGAGGAAAUCUGCAAGUUUAUUGAUGACUAUUGGUCGUACUUAUUGCCGGACAAAGAGCAAUCUCCUACUUGGAACAACACCGUGGCCAGCGUCUUGUCCGUACAAAACCAUAUAUUUUUGUCUGGAGUGGAGACUAAGGGGGCAUCAGGAUGGUGGACAUUGAUCGAAAAGGCUCCGCCAGACAGGAAUAGAAAAUUGAAACCAAAGAAUAAGGCAUCACAGAAGCCUGGCACUCCUAGAGUUACGGGCCAAAAGAACAAGGAGAAAAAAACGCGCGCGAAGGGCACACCAUUGAAGAAAAAGACAAAAUUCGACGAGACCUCCUCGGACGACGACUUUCACACUUCGGCCAAACCUAGACCUCAGUCAUCGGCACCAACGACCAGGAUCAAGAACCGUCAAUUUUCACUUUCUUCAGGAUCUUCGCUAUCUUCGGCGGGUGAUUCAGAUGAUUCUCUGGAUGAUGAUAAUUUCUGGAAAUCAGACGAUGAGAAAGAGAUCCGACCGCUUGUGCAUCUCCACGGCAUCCCUGCUUGUAUUCAUCACCAUUUCAACCCAUCAGGACUGGAUUUUUCUGGAGGACCAAUUCAUCUGGAAGAGAUUUUCCGGCUCACGGAUCUCAUCGACGAGAGAUCUCCAGGAAGGCUGAUCCACCGAGUGAACAGCCUUGGGAAGAUGUCGAUCGGUGGCAAAAAGAAGAAAAGGAGGUCAAGUGCGGGCCUCUCUGCUGAUUCAGGAGCGUUCUCCAGAUCUGACCCGACCACGGAGAGCUUUUCAUCAAACGAUACCACAGCAAACCCCACACCAAUAUUGAAGCUCCAACUGUCGCCCGCGGACGCGGCCCCUAAACCCCCGCCGGCAUUGACGCUUCAACAGCUACAGAGACAGCAGGAAUGGCACAUUUUGCAGGUUAUCGAGGACGCAUCUAAAACAAAGGCAUUGCCCACUGUCGCAGCCAGAUUCAAGCGGAAACUGCAUCUGAAGAGAUUAAAGGCGUUCUUGCAUCUGCCUCUGUUUGACAUGGAAGGCUAUAUGCGCCAGCACCUCACCUCGCCCCUGGAUCUGACGCCACUCUCGAAGCAUAUCCCGCCUGACCCAUACGAGCUGCGGAGACUGCGUGAGGAGCAGUUCCGCGAGAAUAUCCAGAAGAUCGACCAUACACCAUACGGAAACUCGUUUGCAUCGCGUCUACUGGGCCAGCCCGCGGAGUGUCAGACUCAGAAACCAUGGGAGCCUCUCUGGAAGAGUUCUUUCUCUGGCAAGGUUUUGAAGGAUUUUAUCUGGAGGGACUACGAAUCCAGAUCUGUGAUGAUGGACGUGUUGGACGAGAUCAAGAUGCGCCAAGGUCGUCCCGCAAAGGUGCCGUGGGCAAAUCUUGGAGUCGAGGGACUUCAGGGUCAACUUGCGAAGAAGCGGAGGCGAGAAGAAUCGCCGGAUUUCGGCCAGGCGAAUGCAGAUCAGCAGGACUGGGAUGCGCAGAAACAGGACCGACAGCGUUUGAUUGAGAGUCGGGCCCCUAUCGACUAUUGCUACUUCAGAAAGGAACAUCUUGCGCAAGUGAACGAGACGUUAUGCCGCCGGUUUUGGCCUGGAAUUGACAUGACGGAGGCGCUGCAAUAUCCAGAAUACUCUGUCGUUGUUCUAUACAAGCGUUUGGUGGUCGGAUGUGCCUUUAUGACACCGGAAGGGUACAUUACAUACGUAGCCGUGUCUGCUGGCUGGGAGAAAGCCGGUAUUGGACAGUUUAUGCUGUAUCACUUAAUGCAGGCAUCUGAAGGGAAGGACAUCACACUGCAUGUCAGCGCGAAUAAUCCAGCGAUGAUCAUGUAUCAAAAGUUUGGAUUCAAGCCGGAGCAGUUCUUGAUUAACUUCUACAAGGAGUACCUGCCCCAGAACAGCCUGAUGUGCCAUAACGCCUUUUUUGUGCGGUUAAGGCGGUAG